AUGAGCUAUUAUAGCAUUAACGAAAUGCCAUUCAAUGAGCUGUUAGGCAUGACAAAGCAAUCAAUUAAUACUGUAGAAAACCAAUCUAUGAUUAUGUUGCAUAAUAUCAAGAAUAAUUCUAACUCAUCUGAAGCUGCGUGCACAUCUAAGAAUGUUUAUUUAUCUCCAACCACCAAUUGGUUACUCCCAAUAAAGGGGUAUCAAAAACCAUGUCUCGCCUGCCAGUAUUUUGGACACAUUCAGAUGGCUUGUCCUAAUAUUUUACAAUCAUAUCGUGCAGCAUGCAACAAAUGUUGGUUGCCCGGACAUGAAUUUGGUACUUGUAAGUUUGUAGAACAUGAAAUUCCAUUUAGAGAUGGUUAUAUUAAGCCAGAGGUGCUUAUCAGAAAACAUAUAAUGAUAAAUGAAG